AAAUUAAUGAAAAUUGCUGUCAAAGGCAAAAGUUUCUAGGGUGUGUAUCGUUUCAAUUUUUAUUCACGUUGAUAUCAUUCAUUAAAAAGAAGGAAGUCAUAUUAUUUUCCACAAAGGCGCUGCAGCUUUUCAAGAAAAAUUAACAACUCUCCACAUCCAAAUCUAAAACUUAAAAUAAUAAAAUUAAAUUUUAGUUAGUCCUCCAUAUUGCCACCAACACAACCAUUACCAUCUAUAUCACCAUUCAACAACACCUUCACACAUUCAACAAGCCCUUUAUGCACUUGCAAAACGUUAACGUUUAAAAUUUGCAAUACUUACUCGUAUACCCACCUAGCAACCUAGAAAAAAUUGCAAUUUCUUUACCAACGGCAUCUAUUGUGCAAAUUUUCAACCAUAGGCCUAUCCGAGACAGCCGUUAUGGACGUAAUGUCAUCCUCACUGCAACAACAACGUAUUGUCGUCGAUCAGUUGCGCCGCGAGGCGGCCAUCGUUCGUCAACCCGUCUCCGAGUCCUGUGCUCAGAUGAUCAAAUACAUCACAGAGCACGAGCAGGAGGAUUACCUAUUGACUGGUUUCUCCAGCCAAAAGGUUAAUCCUUUCCGUGAGAAGUCCUCCUGCACCGUACUUUAAACUGUUUACAACAACAACUAACAUGCACACCUAAAAAGCCAGUCGUCGUUGCCAAUAUUGAGGUGCGAGUAGUGUGCAAAAGCAGAGGAAAUUUGGCGAGUUUGGAGUUUUCUUUUGGCAGUUUAAUGGUUACAGUUUCGUAAGUGUGUAUGGAUGUGUAUGCAGUGGAAAUCCGGCUAGCAGACAAAAAAAGAUACCAAACUAACUGCGAUUGUGAGCAGGGAUUUUGCGAAAUGGUGAACGAUGGGGUAACGAACGCGUACGAUUUGAAUUUGAACAAUAUCUCAAGUACUGUGGGACAAUUAAGUGCACAUAUUAAAAUGCAAACGAAAUAGUUAAAGCAAAUAAAUACAUACAUAUAUAUCUACUUAUACACUCUCAGAUAUGAUAUGCACGUUAGCAUUUGAUGAUGAAUUAUAUACAACACAUCCGUACAUAUUAUAUACAGACAUAUAUAUUUACCUACUAUUUGGAAACAAAAACUGAAUAUGAUGAUGCGUUCGAACCAAGUGUGGCAGUAAAAAAAACCUAUAGACUAGCGAAUUAAAGACCACCACUUAACAAAACCACCAUAAUAAGUUAUAAUAAAACCAUGUAACGAACUCAUAGAUUUCCAAAAACCGUAUUACGCCAAAGUGACUCACUACUUUCCUGUAUUAAACACAUCUACACAAGAAGACAGACUUGUGGCGAAAAAAUGCCAUUCGUGCAUAUUUACAAAAACUAAAAACAAAAACACAAUUACACUUUAUAUACAUAUAUAAUACAUAGCUAUGUAAAUCACAUAAUUUAUAAAAUACUGCAUAAAUAAUACUUAUACUUUUUUGAACGAAAUUAUUCCAAAUAAAGAAAACCUCCUUAUUGGCAAAACCACUACCAACAAAACAAAUUUAAAAUAUUUAUUUCAACUCCAAAAAUUAAUAAUUGUUGUAAUUGAUGAUCAAGAAAAUACUUUAGUAAACCCUCCAAAAGGAAUUAAAAGACGGUUAGUCAGGGUGCGCUCACAUACACGCACAUAUAGUGUGAACGGUAGUUUAAGCGCGUGAGGAUUACGAUGAGUGAGAUGACCGAUACUCGAAACGAAGAAGUUGGGUGAACAAAAGAAAUAUUUUAUUACAACUUUAACUAAAAGAAGAUAAGCAAAACUUAAAAUCACGGAGGCACUUAGCAACAAAUAGUAUAUAAAUAUACGAAAGUUAGACAAAGUGGGAAAUACAAAUAUGAACAAAUUUUUUUAGUUCAAGUUAAAAAUUGUAGUUGCGCUCUUUGUAGUUGCGUACUAUAAAUUAAAGCAAUUUAUUAUCGAUAUAUAGCGAUUAGUUAUCGAUUAAAAAACAACUCAACCAAAAAGCGAAUAUCCAAGCAAAUAAAUAAUUUACGACAAAAGGCGAGCUAAACAGAAUAUUAGCACACCUAUGUAGCUACAUACAUAUAAAUCCGUAUUAUGCACGCAAACUAAAUGAAGAAAGUAAUCGGAAAAGCAUUGCAAUAAUAAAUACAGUUAUGAUAUUUAAACAACAAAUAAAUAGUAUUCCAGCGUAUAUAUUAUUGCAUUAUUAGCAAAAUGUUUAACAAGCUUAACCGUUAGCGGAUGCUUUAUUCAAACUUAUCUAUUGUUAAGUAUAUUAUAAAAACAAAUAUCAAAGCAUUUUAUUAAACAAAUUAAUUAAACAUUAUAUACAAUAAUAAAUAUUACACGAAAAACGAAUAUUAGUGCAUAAUGCGAACGGCAAAACGUAGUUAGGGCGCUUUUGAAGCGGAUUUCCGAUGUAUACUUGUGGCCGUAUGAAGUAGCAUGAGCUGAAACCGUUUUAGAAUGGAUGGCAGUGUAUAGUGGGAUGGCGAGUAAAUUGAAGAAUUGACAGUGCUGUGCCUAAUUCGCGCAAGGUGAAAUAUAACAAGUGGAAAUAAAUAUAUUAAACAGCAGGGGUAGUCUUUUGCAGUAAUCGAUUUUUUUUU